UAAACAAACUUUCCAGUGGGACUGACUGUUUCCCUUUUGCGCUGCUGUGUUGGACCCAGACACCAGGAGUUUGAGGGACUUCCAAAUAUUUUUCUACCUGAAAUCAAGGCCCAGAUCCAGCCGCCACCAUGUCGAGCAAGCGUGCCAAGGGAAAGACCACCAAGAAGCGCCCCCAGAGGGCCACCUCCAACGUCUUCGCCAUGUUCGACCAGUCUCAGAUCCAAGAGUUCAAAGAGGCGUUCAACAUGAUCGACCAGAACAGAGACGGUUUCAUUGACAAGGAGGAUCUGCAUGACAUGCUGGCCUCUCUGGGUAAGAACCCCUCUGAUGAAUACCUGGAGGGGAUGAUGAGCGAGGCACCAGGGCCCAUCAACUUCACCAUGUUCCUCACCAUGUUCGGAGAGAGGCUCAACGGCACCGACCCCGAGGACGUCAUCCGCAACGCCUUCGCCUGUUUCGAUGAGGAGGGCUCAGGUGUGAUCCAUGAGGACCACCUGAGAGAGCUGCUGACCACCAUGGGCGAUCGCUUCACAGAUGAGGAGGUGGACGAACUCUUCAGAGAGGCGCCCAUUGACAAGAAGGGCAACUUCAACUACGCAGAGUUCACUCGCAUCCUCAAACACGGCGCCAAAGACAAGGAUGACGAGUAAAGCAAAAAGCCAACUGCCUCAUUCCUGCAUUCAUACUGCAACACAAAUAAGUCCCUAGUUCCUACCUUUGUGGGCCUUGUAGGCCUUAGAGAAAUUAAAUAGGAUUUUUUAAAAUCAAAAUCUUUGAUAAAAAAGGCCCAAAUGGAUAUUUGGUUUUGUUCAUUUUGAACUGAGCAUGUUUCAGAAAGGUAGGAGCUUGGUAUUUAUUUGAGAUCUGCAGUUGUUGUAACCCUGGUAGAUCAUCACAGGGAUUCUGGUUGGACAUUCAGAUACAACAAACAUCAUGAACAUCAACUGGGUUUUUUGACUGACUCAGUGCUUUAUACAGUGCCAGCAAUGUUUACUUAGCCGUCACACCUGCAAAAGCACAGCAUACAGUUUGCUUAUCUGUAAUAUUUGUAUCCUUUGUAUGUCAGAAAUGGAUUAAAAAAAUAUGUAUGAUUCAGAUUGUUUUGUUAAAAGUGAUGCAUAGUUCCACUUGUUUUGUUUUUUUUAAAGCCCUCAUCCUUCCCUCAGCUGUUGUUUGUAGCCUCUUUGUUGAAGGAUCAGGUAAAGGCCUUAGUAUGUGUAAUUGAAGGAAUUCUGUUGUGAAAUUGCUCGAACGAUUAAAGAAAGUUUUAUCAUGCCAUUGACGGCGAAAAAG